AAUGAGCAGGAAGUAGUCACUAUUUUUAGCCCUGUUAGAGCUGUUUGAAGAUGUCUCUUUUAGAAUGUCUUCUCCAGACAUCGAGCACAGUGACACUGCUGGGGGCUCUGCUGUUUCUGCUGGCCCUUUACCGCCUCUCCUCUGGUUCCAACUCUGAGGAACAGGGGAAGCAGCCUCCAGGACCCAGGCCUCUGCCCCUGCUUGGUAACAUGCUCCAGCUGGAUCUCAAGAGGCCCUACCGCAGCCUCUGUGAGCUGUCCAAGAAAUAUGGGUCUGUUUUCACGGUUCAUUUUGGACCCACAAAAGUGGUCAUCCUGGCAGGAUACAAGACGGUCAAGCAGGCGCUGGUCAACCAUGCAGAGGAGUUUGGGGACAGGGGCAUGCUUCCUGUGUUGUAUGAUUUCACCAAUGGACAUGGUAUUCUGUUUGGCAAUGGAGACUCAUGGAAAGAGAUGAGGCGCUUUGCCCUGGCGAACCUUAGAGACUUUGGGAUGGGCAAGAAAGGGAGUGAGGAGAAAAUCUUAGAGGAAAUUCAUUACCUGAUCGAAGUGUUGGAAAAACAUGAGGGUAAAGCAUUUGACACAACCCAGCCAUUGAGUUAUGCUGUCGCCAACGUAAUCUCCAACAUUGUGUACGGCAGCAGGUUUGAAUACUCUGACUCCAAGUUCCGAGCCACAGUGGAUCGAGCCAAUGAGAACCUACGAAUUGCAGGCUCCGUUUCAGUUCAGUUGUACAACAUGUUCCCCUGGCUGGGCCCUUGGCUGAAAAGCAGGAAGCUUUUGUUGAAGAAUAUUGAGAACAACAAGAAGGAGAUGGAGGAGCUGGUGAGGAGGCUGAAGGAGACUCUCAACCCUCAGAUGUGUAGAGGCUUUGUGGACUCGUUCCUCGUCCGAAAGCAGACCCUGGAGGAAUCUGGCAACAAGAACUCUCACUACCAUGACAACAACCUGAUAUCCUCUGUGAGAAACAUGUUUUCUAAUGGUACUAACACCACAGGGACAACGCUACGCUGGGCUUUGAUGCUAAUGGCCAAGUACCCUCUUAUACAGGACCGGGUCCUGGAGGAGAUCAGCAGCGUCAUAGGAAGUCGUCAGCCCUUAGCAGAGGACAGGAAGAACCUGCCCUACACUGAUGCAGUGAUCCAUGAGACCCAGAGACUGGCCAACGUUUUACCCAUUGCCAUCCCCCACACCACCAGCCGAGACAUCACCUUCCAGGGAUAUUUCAUCAAGAAGGGGACGCUUGUGUUUCCUCUACUGACGUCUGUCCUACAAGACGGAAGCGAAUGGGAGAGCCCACACACCUUUAACCCUGCCCACUUUCUGGAUGAGGAAGGUCGAUUCACCAAGAGGGAUGCCUUCAUGCCCUUCUCUGCAGGUCGUAGGGUGUGUCUGGGGGAGGGUCUGGCCAGGAUGACGCUCUUCCUCUUCUUCACCUCCCUCCUGCAGCGCUUUCAUUUCUCUACUCCUCCUGGAGUAACAGAGGAUGAUCUGGACCUCACACCAUCCGUGGGGUUCACCCUCAAUCCUUCACCUCACCAGCUCUGUGCUGUGAGCCGGGUCUGAGAUGAGUCUGGGCCUAAUGUAUGUUAUACAUGACUUAGAACAAAUGCUCCACUUUAGACAAACAUGCUGAAAUGGGUUACCUCACCGGCUGUGCUGUGAACCAGGUCUGAGAUGAGACCAGUCCCUCAAUGGUUUUGGUUUAAUCUGAUUGCUCUACAAUCCAACAAUGUAAUUGAUUGAUACAAAGCACUGCUAUUAUGUAUGUACAGAAUGCAAUUGUUUUUGCUUGCUGUCCUGCCUUGUCUGGGACUGGACAGCUGUUGCUAAGUAAAGUCAAUCAUUUUUCUAGCUAAUGUUAUCAGCAGUUGAUAUCUAUACCUACCCUUGUGGGCAUGUUUUUAUGUGACUAGCAAACAUACUUAGCCAUAUCUGCUAGCUAGAACAAUGACUAACCAUAAGCUAGCUAGAACAAUGACUAACCAUAAGCUAGCUAGAACAAUGACUAACCAUAAGCUAGCUAGAACAAUGACUAACCAUAAGCUAGCUAGAACAAUGACUAACCAUAAGCUAGCUAGAACAAUGACUAACCAUAAGCUAGCUAGCUCCAGCAGGAGUGGAAGUUUGACUGCCUACUUUGACUCCAUGAGCGGUUCUAGUUAUGGAAGGAGACUUGAAACAAAGAAAGACUGCAUUGACACAGGAAACCCAAUUUGGAUCUUUUUCCACUGUUUAGUCUUUUGACUUACCAUAUCAGCACUUUUGCCUACAAUUGGACAAAAGGCCAGAAUUGGGCUGCCUGUGUAAAAGCAGCCAAAAGGUCUCACUUAAAGUGAAGUUGUUUACAAUCUAUUCGCUCGCUGGUGGCUAGUUUAAGCUACUCCUUGUCCAUUGAUAUUAGCUAGUGGUUAGCUCUAGCCACAUUAGCUACUGUACUAAUGACUAUUUACACACAUACAUAUAUACACACACAUAUAUAUAUAUAUACACACACAUAUAUAUAUAUACACACAUAUAUAUACACAAUACAUAUACAGUAUACAUAUUUGGGCACGAAAAUCCAUUUUAUUGCACCUUUAAGCUUUCUUGUCCUAUUCAAACGGGCCAACCAAAGGUACAUAACAUUAAGUGUCUGUUAUUGAUAACAGGUAGAUGAUUGACUCUGCUAAGCUUGAUUACACCCCAAAGAUAAAUAAGCUAAGACGUAGGCUUCUGAUUAGCCUUUGAGUAUUUGAUUAGUAGCGUGUCAGAGGGCUCCAUAUGUAUUGCUAAUCAAUAAUACAGUUGAUGAGUGUGCUUGACAUCGGCACCAGUUCGUCAAAUUCUGGUCCAUUUUGUCAACUUUGAGUCGGGGUUUGGAAUAGAAUAGAAUUUGAAUUACUGUCUGUGCUCAGUGGGAACCAAUCACUGUGCAGCAAUGAAAAAUGUUCAACUAGUAGAUUUCACCAAAGCUUUUAAUAAAGUCUUAAAGUGGAACUGACAGUAUUUUAGCAGCAUGAAACGGUAUUAAAAUCUGUUCAUAUACACCCCCA